AUGGAAGAUAUUUUAAAUUCUGGUAAACUGGAGCUUCUGUAUGAUGACUCAGACGUCCCACUCUAUCUGCACUAUAACGGUAGUGAAACCAAUCCAGACUUGACUUUAGCUUUUGCAGACAUUUCCGAUGCUGCUGGAAAAGAAGGUGCUGGUGCUGGCGUCUUAUGUGAUGUGUUUUCCUUUUACCUACAUGGUGGCUCUCAUACUACCGAUUUUGACGGUGAAGUCGAGGCCAUCUGUUUAGCCCUUCAACAGCUUUCUGGCCGUCUCUCUCCUCUUGAUAAGGCUGUAAUUUUAUCGGACUUAAGUUCUGCUCUUCAGGCCUUAGCAAGUAACCUAACAAAACAACGUGCUCGUGUCCAGAGCUGCAAGGCGCUGUUGAGCAGAAUUCAGACAAAGGUUGUUUUCCAGUGGGUGCCAUCACAUUGUGGCCUUCAGGGAAAUGAGAUGGCGAACCUUUUG